AAUAACAAAGCCGAUCACAUCUCUUUAAUGCCUCUUGUUUAUCAUAUAUCCUAUAAAAUACAACCUUGCCUCCCCACCAUCUUCAACUUCUUCCAAGAACUUGACUACCUUCCAUUGCAUCACUCUUGAAGAAUUAAGCAAGAAGAUCACUCUGGUAAUUUGCAUUGGCCGGCGCGCAAUAAUAUUGUUGCAUCUUUUCGUUGUAUAUCAGAUUAUAAGGAAAAAUGGAAAGCAAGGUGGCGAAUGAGAAUGAUCUCCACCACCUCAAGGCAACCGAGCUUAGAUUGGGAUUGCCGGGGACAGAUGAUAGUGAAGAACAAGCACUUUUUGGUGCUAGAAACAACAAGCGGCCGUUCCCUGACGCGAGCAAGGAGUGUGGAUCAAAGGGUGAUCACCAUGAAAUUGCCACUCCUGCCAAGUCACCAAUUGUGGGAUGGCCGCCAAUCCGAUCUUACAGGAAAAACAACCUGCAGACGAAGAAAGCAGAGGAUGAGGCUGAGGCUGCUGGCAUUUACGUGAAAGUAAGCAUGGAUGGAGCCCCUUACCUCAGAAAGAUUGACCUAAGGACUUACAAGGGCUAUCCAGAACUACUAAAGGCUUUGGAGAACUUAUUUAAAUUCACCAUAGGUGAGUACUCAGAGAGGGAAGGCUACAAGGGGUCGGAAUAUGCACCAACUUAUGAAGACAAAGAUGGUGACUGGAUGCUGGUUGGAGAUGUUCCAUGGGAUAUGUUCAUGUCAUCCUGCAAGAGGCUGAGAAUCAUGAGAGGAUCAGAAGCUAGAGGUUUGGGAUCAUGUGGUGUAUGAAAAACCCACAGGAGCAGGACAAGCAACGAUUCUCUCUCACUAAUUAGAGCAGAACUCUCAGCUUGGAUUCUCGAAGAUUUGAAUUUGAGUUUUCGUCUCGUCAUGUUGAUCACAGUCUUUGGAGUUCAACUGGGAAGCUGUAGACAGAAAUUAACGUAGUACGUACGUGCAGUUACAGUUUACAAUUUCCUGACAUUUGGCAGAAACAUCUCAUGUGGUCGUUUGUCCAUGAUCUCUGAAUCUCUAGAUCUGAUGCUAUUCUAUCGAGCCAAAACUCCAUGCAAGCAAAGAGAUAUUUCUUUGAAAGAAGUUGUAUACAAAGUGACAUCAUGUCUAUUUAAGUUUGGUUUUGUAUUGUUAAUGUGGAUAUAAUAUUCAUAUAAACCUAUAUAUAUACCAAAUAUGUCUUUUACAAA